ACACACCCAAACGCCAACUUGUGUCGUGCUGCCCUCAUCUCAAUCGGCGGCGGGGCGUCUCCCUAAUCAUCGAUCGAUCGAUCGUCUCGUCGACGACUCCCGUGCCCCGUCCCUGCAUCACACUGCGGCGAGGAGAGAAGCGUAGAGAAGAAAGACUCUGGUGAGAGGUGAGGCCAUGGCCUCCGGCUCCGGCCCCGGCCCCGGCCAGCGGCAAUCCCCCAACCCAGGAGCAGCAGCAUCAGCAGCAGAUGGCGAUGGAGCCGGGGCCAAGGAGCUGGUGUUCGAGGCGCCGCCGCAGCCGAUGAGGGAGGAGUACGUCCAGAACGCCGUCAAGUUCCUCUCCCACCCAAAGGUCAGGGGCUCCCCCGUCGUCUACAGGCGAUCCUUCCUCGAGAAGAAGGGCCUCACCACCCAAGAGAUCGACGAGGCCUUCCGAAGAGUCCCUGAUUCGCAACCGAGUGCUACUGCUGCUGCUGCUUCACAGCAGCAAGCUAACAACCAGAGUCAAUCCGCUGGCGUGCAAACUUACGCGCCAGUGCAAUCUGUGCAACCAGCAUCUGGCCCUGUCGUUCUUCCUACGCAACCCAGAUUCAGCUGGUACCAAGCAUUCCUUGCUGCAGGGCUGUUGCUUGGUUUUGGUGCUAGUGCUGCUGUCUUUAUCAAGAAACUGUUCCUUCCUAGGCUCAAGUCCUGGAUCCGUAACAUCGUAGCAGAAGGCGAUGAAACUGAAGGCAGGCAACCUAAGGCCAAGAUUGAUGAUGAAACUGCAGAGGCUGUAAAGGCUUCUGCAUUGGCUGUUUCUGCUAUUGCUAAAACAAACCAGGAGCUGCUUGUUUCAAAGGAUGAAGAAAAGAAGAUACUUGUGACAUUAACACAAUCUCUAGAUUCCCAAGCAAAGGAGUUAAAAUCCUUGACCGAGUCACUAAAUCAUAGCAGGGAAUCCAUAAAUAUUAGCAGGGAGGAUAGGUUUUCUCAGUACCGGCCAUUGGAAGAGCAUGUCCCUCCUGCUAUAAGGAAUGGGCCAGUUAACAGUUCAUGGAGAACAUCUCAGCAAGCUAACAUGUAUGGUGUGCCAAACAGUGACUUCGGCUCAGGGAGGUCUUCGUUUGUGCCAGCACCUACUGAACCUACAUCUGGAUCAUUUUCAAGAUCCUAUGCUGAGACGAUGUCUACUGCACAACGAGAUAGGUCUUCUGGGAGUAAGCCAUGGGAGAUGCAGCAAUAUUCACAGCAGAGGCCUGGUUAUGGGUCCAACUCCCAGUUGAGUGAUGAUGGAUCACACUCUGAAGCCCAGGACAACUAUGCUCCUCCAUACCACCAGAAUGGGAAGGGCCCUGAUUUUCAAGCAGAUGUGCCUAGGCCUCUGGCCUACAACACUGGGGUUGAGGAAAGGCCGCCGCCUCAGCGGCGCUGGGUGCCCCCUCAGCCUCCAGGUGUUGUGAUGCCCGAAGCAGCAGCCGCCAUUCGUCAACCAAAGACCCUUCAAAAGCAACCCUCCAGCGAAGGAGCUGAGGCAGCUGGUGAGAUGCAGGUGAAUGGUGCACCAAGUGCGUCUGCUGUUGACGCUGAUGUGCCAGUUAAUGGUGGCACUGAAAGUGAUGCUGGGCGUAGCGAGAUCGAAGAACACCCAGAAGCCAUCUAAGUAAAAUCAAGACCAACCAAGAACCGAGAAGCAACCCAGGCUUAGAGAUUCUGGUACAUCCGGGAUACGUUUUCUGAAUAAUAUCUGUAUCACAACAGCGGCAGAGCAGCAAAAGAUGGAUACCCAUAAUGCAAUAAGUUGCAAUUAAUUGUUGAUACGUGUUGUAUAUUUAGAUUAAUGCUACUGUGUACACUCGAAAACAUAUCAAGAAGAUUUCUAAUUUUGUA